AUGACUACCAUGAUUUGGAAUCCAUUUUCUGUCUGCGGGAUCCCUCACAGUGGUCCUGGCUCCUGUUGUGGCAUGACCAAAAAAGGCGAGUCAUGCAAGAACUCGAUCAAAGUUGAAGACACCAAGAUCGGCCAUCAAAAGUUGGCCACUCUCGCUAGAGAGCCGUUUGACUUGUCAACGUUGCAGUCGAAGCUCUGUGAUGUCGCCAGAGGCUUCCUCUGUGCGAGAUGGCACCGGCAACGGCAGGCCGACCAAGUUGGCCAGCAGUGGUAUGAAGCCGCCGUCCGCAACCAGGCGCGAGUACCACAUGGCUCCAGAAUGGCUUCUCCGUCAGUCAUUGUACAUCGGGGCCAGCGUCAGACAUCGUCAGCCUCCAGGCGACGCCCUGCAUCAGACAACACCCGGUCAUCACCACCACCGGUGCCCCUGUCAACCAACCCCGAGCCAGUGCAGCCAUUCAAUCCAUUUGUGACUUCUGCAACGCUGCGGACGAACAAUGUUCCAUGGCGCGUUUCGCCGACCCGACCAGCCAUCCUCUCAUUGGCAACUAAUAUCCGGGCGGGUGUCCAAGACUUGACGCUGCAGAGUCUCAGGCCGAGCCAAGCGGUCGACAGCAUCCACGUCGACAGCAUCUACUGUGUGUUCUGCCAGACCGAGGAUGAAGACCAUGCGGACGAGAGCGUGAUCUUGCACUGCGGUCAGUGCACAUCGCUCUGUCAUCUGUCGUGCGCCGAAGAAUGGUUGGAAAAGCGAGAUACAGGGUUUGGCACGUCGUGUUGUGUGUGCCGAAACGAAGGAGCCCUAGAUGCCAUCAUUCGCCCCUUACGAAUCCCCUCGUCGGAUGCCGAGACAUAUUCCGUCCACGCGGCAAGCGAUCCAUCUCCCACUGGUGGGCCCCGUCGCUCAGCCAGACUAGCAGGAACUUAUCUACCGCGACAACCUUCCACCGCUGCACCGCUUCGCCGAUCGGCACGACUCAAUUCCACUCAGCGUAGGUGA